AUGGCUUCCCCCAAAAUCCUGGGCUACACCACCGGCCCCUUGCCCGUCACCUCCGCCUUCACCUCCGCCUUCACCAUGCACGCCGACGACUACGGCAACUCCCUCCAGUCCUUCCUCAACUUCCUCGAGCUCGACCGGCGCGCCAUGAUGGACUACGACAGCGACACCCGCGCCUCCCUCGCCGAAACAGGCAUGUACCUGAAAUACGUCCCCGCGCGCAUCUCCUCCUCCUCCUCCUCCUCCUCCUCCUCGUCCCCCAACAACGAAAUCCUCCUCACCGGCGGUGCCUACCUCUUCACCACGCCCCAAGCCCGCGACGCCUUCGCCCACUGGACCACCCACACCUACCACGACCCCACAACCGGCGUCCUCUUCUGGGACCGCCCGUUCUUCCGCGACGCCCGCCGCUGGUCAUGGGACGUCGUCGGCGCCCACAACUUCGCCCCGCCCGCCCGCCACGCCCUGAGCCGCGUGCAGCACUAUUCCUACGCCAUCGACGCCGAGGGCGAAGAAGAAGAUGGCAGAAGCAGCAGCAGCACCGACGUAGCCCACGCACUAAAAGAAAUCUACCCCGCCCUCCUCGCCGCGGCGCGGGAGCAGACGGCGACGGCAGCGUUCUGGCUCCUGCACGCCCCGUCCGAGCGGCUCGUCGCGACGCACCUCGUCGGCGAGAGGGUGGAGGGCGAGGGCGCGGACGAGGCCGUCGCCCGGAUGGAGGCGUUGCCGUCGAUGCUCAUCGAGGAAGCCCAGCAGCGAAGUAGUACCGCCGCCGCUUUUCCUGUACUGACGGGAUUGGAACGAGUGUUCGACCGGACCAGCUUGUUCGUGCAGAACUGGCUGCCCGUGUCGCGCGCGGCGGGCGGGGUGCCGGCUGAUACCCCGAACUUCCCGGACCUGCCGCGUGUCGCUGUGGAGGAGUGA